AUGAGAUUCCUUAUCACCCUCGCAACAAUAGUUACUGUUGUCUCAGCCUACUGCAACGACUUCCGCCUCCGCGUCGCCCAUGACACCAACCAGGGCCUCCUUAGCGGGCAAUACCUCACAAACCACACCAUUGACUCCAACGCUACGAUCAGCACCAAGUUCAGCACUACCAUCACCGCCAAACUCGCGAUGAUCUCGUUGAAUAGAACUGAACUUCUUAUCCCUGGAUAUGACAGGAUGUGUGUUAUGCCAAACGGAAGAGUUGGGUUCAAGUGUGUUGGUGCGCAGGGAACUCCGACUGGGUGGAAAUUCAAACAACACGAACUCGGGAAGAUCUUGGUCCAUGGAGGCGCGGAAGAUGAGGGGUGGGUAGCGGCGCAGAGGCUCCCCGAGGGUGUGGUUAAUGGCACAAAGCCGGCGUGGGAAGUUUAUUGGGGUAAGGAGGGUGUCAGUGGGCCUGAUAUGGAGGUGCAUAGCUUUAAGCUCGUCCAGGAGUGUGUUUGA